CCGCCCUGGAUGUGGUGUGCUGAGCAAGCGCCAAAUCCAAUGAACAAAAUGAAAUUGAUCCUCCAGAAAGUGCUCACUGUUCCACGCGGAUGGAGCUCGGCGGUGGCCAGGUCAGACACCAGACAGGCGUCCGAAUCGGAAUCACCAAGCACAUGGCAUAGGAUGGGGGAGAGAGUGGGACAGGAAGAGUGUCUUUAUUGAAAAUACAACGGAGCAGCUUAGAGGUUUGUGUUCCCUGGAUACACCGUAUCUAUUUAUUAACAUUCCCCUUACUGUGACCCUUUUAUUUUAGCAUGCUGAUUCAUCUGCUGUUCAUCCCUGAAAACCACACAAGACCUCUAGGUUUACAGUGGCACACUUAAUGGACAAGAUGAGUUGGAUACUGAAUCAGAGUAUCAGAACAGGAAUGAAUGUGUGUUGCUGACAGGAUAUCUGCUGAAUUGGCACAUAGUCAAGAAUCAGUGUCUUUUACGGUGUAUGGCAAAGUUCAGCAUGCCUUAAGCCCCCCAGGUCUGGCCAAAAUGAAUGACGCAACAUUGGUCCUCAAUGCCACAUUACCACAGGGGACUAUGGGUGGAAAUAUCAGAAGUGGCCGAAGAGGCACAUGCAUUGUGGCUGAGACUUAGGGACACUCAAUCUUGUUUAUCCUGGAGAGAAGGCUCAUUCCUGAAUGCAAUGGCAGCAAAUCACACUGCACAGGCAACUGACUUUUUCAGCCAAGAUGUGUUUCACCAGCUCUUUGAUAUGCUUGACCAGUCUGCCAUUCAUUCAGUCCAGCCCAUCGAGUUGAACUUCACAGAAAGUCCAGUCGAUGGUUCUGCCGGAAACACCAUCCAGAUCAGUAUGGACUGUUUCACCAUGCAUGGGCAGGACGACACACAGUCUUCGCAGUAUACAAACCUGGGGCUCCUGAACAGCAUGGAUCAGAACAUUCAGAACGGAGGCUCAACCUCGACCAGCCCCUACAAUAACGACCACGCACAGAACAACGUGACUGCCCCAUCACCUUAUGCCCAGCCUAGCUCCACUUUUGAUGCCCUCUCUCCUUCACCAGCCAUCCCAUCCAACACAGACUACGCCGGACCUCAUACAUUCGACGUGUCCUUCCAGCAGUCAAGUACUGCAAAGUCUGCCACCUGGACGUACUCCACCGAUCUGAAGAAGUUGUACUGCCAAAUCGCCAAAACGUGUCCCAUUCAGAUCAAGGUCCUGACUACACCCCCCCAGGGCGCCGUGGUCCGAGCCAUGCCUGUUUAUAAGAAAGCCGAACAUGUGACCGAAGUGGUUAAACGCUGCCCAAACCACGAGCUGAGCCGCGAGUUCAACGACGGUCAAAUCGCACCUCCCAGUCACCUGAUCCGUGUGGAGGGGAACAGCCAUGCCCAGUAUGUGGAGGACUCCAUCACUGGAAGACAGAGUGUUUUAGUGCCUUACGAACCUCCACAGGUUGGAACAGAAUUCACCACAAUCCUAUACAACUUCAUGUGCAACUCCAGCUGUGUGGGUGGAAUGAACAGACGCCCCAUUCUCAUCAUUGUCACCCUGGAAACCAGAGACGGUCAAGUAUUAGGCCGUCGGUGCUUUGAAGCCAGGAUCUGCGCCUGUCCGGGCAGAGACCGCAAGGCGGACGAGGACAGCAUUCGCAAGCAGCACGUAACAGACGCCACAAAGAGCAGCGAUGGUACGAAACGCCCUUUUCGCCAGGUUUCCCAUGGCAUACAGAUGUCAACUAUCAAAAAGAGAAGAUCCACAGACGAGGAGGUGUUCUGUUUGCCCAUCAAGGGCCGUGAAAUUUACGAGAUGUUGGUAAAAAUCAAAGAAUCUUUGGAGCUGAUGCAGUUUCUUCCACAGCACACCAUAGAAUCGUACCGGCAGCAGCAACAAAAUCUCCUCCAGAAACAGACUUCGAUACCGUCUCAGCCCUGCUUUGGCUCCAGUUCCCCCACUCACGGAAAAGUCAACAAGCUGCCCUCUGUCAGCCAGCUCAUCAACCCACAGCAGCGCAACACCCUCACCCCGUCCAGCAUGUCCGGAGGCCUCACUGACAUGACUCCCAUGAUGGGGACCCCCAUUCCCAUGAACGCUGACAUGAGUUCACUGAGCCCCACACACGCUCUGCAGCCACAGCUCCCCCUGGUGCCUUCCUCCCAUUGCACCCCUCCACCUCCAUAUCCCAUGGACAGCAGCAUCUCCAGCUUCCUUUUACGGCUGGGCUGCGCAGGCUGCUUGGACUACUUCACAGCACAGGGUCUAACCAACAUCUACCAGAUUGAGAACUAUAACAUGGAGGACCUGUCCAGACUGAAGAUCCCCGCAGAGUUCCAGCACCUCAUCUGGAAGGGCAUCAUUGAGCAUCGACAGGCCAUGGAUUUUUCCCCACCUCCCCACAUAGUGCGCACCACCAGCGGGGCCUCCACCGUCAGCGUGGGCUCCUCCGAGGCGCGCGGCGAACGCGUCAUCGACGCCGUGCGCUUCACCCUGCGCCAGACCAUAUCUUUCCCACCACGGGACGAGUGGUCCGACUUUUCCUUCGACUUGGAUUCUCGUCGCAACAAGCAACAGCGCAUAAAGGAGGAGGGAGAGUAAGACCAACGCCGCUUCUCCUCCGUGUUGCCGUCUCGUUUCAUAACCGCUGUUGGAACAUUUCAUUUAAAAAAAAAAAAAGAAAGAAAAAAAUUUGGUAAGUGCAAAUACCUGCUAAGAACAAGAUAUAUAUUUACAUAGAAAUGCACUUAUUUUCAUUGUCGUUCUGGUCGUUGUUACUACAGAAGCGAGUGGGGUUUGAGCAAAUGUGCAUUUUGUUUUGUUCUAGUUUCUUGAGAGCACUUAAGAAAUGCAGAGAAAGUUCAUUUGAGUUUGAACAAAUGUUUAUGAUUCAUUCCUGACGACUGCAAGCAGAACCCCGGCUAAUGUUCCGCGCAUGUAAGAUUUUAGUACUCAUUGGAUUAUAUACCAUCGUGGUUGUUACCUGUGGUUUUCAGUUGUUGCAGAAGUUAUUGUUGAUUGUAUACAUUGCAAACAUUUCCUGUCAGAAGUAUUAUGUCACUUGAUGGGCUAUUUGUUUUCUGCUCUCGGUCCUGUAUUUCUGUUGUUUUUUUUUAUGUGUAACGCCAGGCCAGCGGCUCACUUUACUGCGUCAGGUUGUGAAGUACGUGUGUUUCAGCGACAGACUGUUCAUUAGGUGUAGCCAUAUAUAGGCCUAAUGCUCUUGACCCAGUGUUUUCCAGUACAGUGAUACUAUGACUGAUGUUUUGGUUUUUUUUUUUACUGCUGUGGUUUUUGUUUUUUUUAUCUUGGUAAUGUUUUGGAAGAGGUUUGUUUCUUUAUGCAGUAUAACUGGCCAAAACCUGAUUUUAUUGUAUAUAAAUUUGUAUAGUUUGUUAUAAAUUUCUCCCAGGAAAAAAACAGAACUCAUGGAAAAAACAUAGUGUGAAUACGACAUGGUAAAUGUACCAUUGUAUUAAUGCUGAAACAAAUUGCAUACGUAUAUAAGUGUGUUUACCUGCAGCCCAUUUCAUUUUUUUAAACUAGUUGGCCUUGGUAGAAAAGUAAACAUUUGCAUUUCAUAUUUUUGUAAAAUGUAUUGUAAAUAUGUUGCAAUAUACUAAGGGUAUUUUGAAAUAAAUCUAAAUAAAUAUCCAU